UUUAAAAAAUGGAGGCUCGAUUUUAAGAAAUACUCUUACUUGUUGUAAUUUAAGUGCAUCUAUUAAAUUGCCUUUAAAUUUUAAGGUUUAAACUUAAAUAAUUUCUGAAAAAAAUUAUUAUUAAUUCUGAUAUGGGACAAGAUUACUAUGCUGUUCUUGGUUUAACUAGAAGUUGUACUGAUGCUGAUAUAAAAAAAUCCUACCGAAAACUUGCAUUAAAGUAUCAUCCCCACAAGAAUCAAGAACCUGGCUCUGAUUUAAAAUUUAAGCAAGUAGCUGAAGUUUAUGAUGUUCUCAGCAAUUAUCAACUAAGAGCAAUUUAUGAUCAGUUUGGUGAAGAGGGUUUGAAGAAUGGUAUUCCAAAUAUUGAAGGUGGCUUUACAAAAGGUUAUGUGUUUCAUGGAGAUGCUGAAAAAGUGUUUAAAGAAUUUUUUGGUGGAGAAAAUCCAUUCCUAGAGAUGUAUGAAAUCAGCCCUCAUGAUGUUGAAAUAGGGAUGUUCGGAGGUUUAAAAGGUCGUGGUCAAAGAAAACAGGAUGCAGCAAUUGAACGUGAUCUUUAUCUCACUUUAGAAGAAGUAUAUCAUGGUUGUAUAAAAAAGAUGAAAAUAACAAGAAGGGUAAUGAAUGAGGAUGGUCAUUCAUCAAGUAUUCGUGAAAAAAUCUUAACCAUAAAUGUAAAACCCGGUUGGAGAGCAGGGACUAAAAUAAUAUUUUCAAAAGAAGGUGAUCAAGGUCCAAACAAUAUUCCAGCGGAUAUUAUAUUCUUGAUCAAAGACAAACCUCAUGUUUUAUUUCAACGAGAUGGAGAUAAUGUUAUUUAUACUGCAUCCGUUACUCUUAAAGAGGCGUUGAUUGGUUGCAUCAUUGAUGUACCAACACUCGACGGUCGAGUUCUUAGUAUUCCAGUGAAUGAAAUUAUCUGUCACGGUUAUAAAAAAGUUGUAGAGAACGAAGGUAUGCCGAUAUCUAAGAGCAACAAUAGAGGCGAUUUAGUCAUUUUGUUUAAUAUUAUUUUUCCACAGCGGUUGACGUCUGAACAAAAAGAUCUUAUUUCCCAAGCAUUAGGAUAAUUUUUUGUUAUCGUUGUUGCUGUUUAUGUUAAUUUUAUCAAUUGAGAAAAUAACAUGCAAGUUUUGAUCACAUUGAUGUAAUCUAAACAUGUUUGCACCAUCAAUAGUUUUCUAUAUAAUUCGUUCAGUGGUUUUGUAAAAGCUUGUUGUGUAUAUCAAUCAAUUUUAUUUUUAUACCUGUUAAUAUUUAUAAAAUUUAUUAUAAAUUAUUAUUUACAA